CAUUGAAACGAAUUCGUGAACAGAGGAACAAGUUACAUUUCAUGUUAAAUCUGAGAAAAUGAUUUGUAUACUGGUUUGGUUCUUUAACAUUGGAGUUUGUUUGGGGCGUUGUGACAGCCGAAGCCUGUCUGAGCUUCUAGCCCCACCCCCUCUCCUGUUCCAAGUAAACAAUACGGAAGUUGCCCAGAACUCUGCCUAUCAACAAGAAAGACGACAGAAAGGGUGAAGUCUUCCUGAACGAGACAUUAGCGAUGAUGGGGCCACUCAGCAAGGCGGACUGAGGGGGAUCUGCCUAGAUGUUUUUCCCGUUCUAGUUUCCUUUCUUUUCACCAUUUUUGCUCUUUCAUGAGCACCCGCAUUUCAGAGGAGCACCAUCAUUUCAGAGGAGCACCAUCGUCAGAAUGACUGUCUCUUUCAACCUUUGUGUCAUCAACAUUUUGUUUGUAACUGCCUACAGCAGCCUGGAGCUGGUCUCCAGUACUGGUUUCUUCUCUCUCCCAGCUCAUUGUGGACGAUCUCCCCAAGUCCUGGAGGCUGCGAGAGGAGAGAUCAGAAGCUUUGUGCACCACAGCUCGUCCUACCGCCUUCGGCCCUUCUACUGUAGUUGGAUUAUCAAGGCACAUGUAGGAGAGCCUGUUAUUCUCAGUUUCUCCCAGUUUUCCACACGGUGUAAGAAGGAAUGGGUCUCGGUGACAUCAUCGGCUGGCAAGCCCAUUACCCUCUGUGGUUCCGACCUGCCAAAACCCAUGGAGUUGAUGGGGGGAAACAUUACAGUGACGCACCACUUCCUGCCACACUUAUUGCCUGUGUCUGCGUUCCGCCUGGGCUAUGUCAGAGACUCCGGUGACUGUACGGGUGUGGACUUUGAGUGUUUGGGCGGGCGCUGCCUGCCCCUGUCGUGGCGUUGUAACGGCCGGGUGGAGUGCCUGGGUGAAGGGGUGGGCCUGGGCAUAGACGAGCAAGACUGUGAUGGAGCGAUGAAGAUCCUGAACCUGGAUCCUGAGCAUGGCAAAACAGUGGUGGCCAUCGCCACGCCAGAGUCCUACAGGGCGCGGGAGACAGGAAGAGAGAAGAACAGGGGGAGUAACAGCAGAGGGAGGGAUUGGGAAACAGUAGGGAAGGCACCGGGCGAGCUGGAGAAAGAGGAGGAGGAGACAGAGAAGCAAGUAGACGAGGAUGGGGACCACACCAAGGAAAAGGAGCCAGCCAAUCCUAUAUAUGACUUCUGGCAGUUCCAGCCUCGUGGACUCCCCAGCCACCAGCCUCACAGAGCCCACCCCAGUGUGACCCGGGCCCCCAUUGAGUGGCCCUGCGGGGGCCUGCUCCAGACCUUCUAUGGGACGUUCGCCCCUCCUUCCAUCAGGGGCCCCCCUCUGUACUGUGUGUGGACCCUGGACCCCCAGGGCUCUAGGCCUCUGAAGCUGGACCUGCGGCUGCUGGAGCUGGGGCCUGGAGACACGGUCACCAUCACUGACAGACAGCAGGGCACCGGGGAACUCCUCAAAGCUAUCACCAGCGCGUCCAAUUACAAGGCCCUCUGGGUCGAGUCCCUGACCGGCCUCCUCUCCCUGACCUAUCGUACGCUCCCCGGCUCUGAGGGGCUGGGCUUCAACGCCACCUACCGUGUCGGGGGCUACUGCCCCCCCUGGGAAGGUAAAUGUGGGGGUGCCGCGGGAGGCUGCUACACCCAGGAACAGAAGUGUGACGGGCACUGGGACUGUCCCGAGACGGGACGUGACGAAGCAGGGUGCAGGGGAUGUCCCCGGGACCAGUUUGCCUGUGGAGUGGCUGGGCAGAGGGCGCUGCUGGCGGGGCAUAGCUUCCUAGGGCGUCCGGUGUGUUUCCCUGCCAAGGAGAGGUGUAAUUACCAGCUGUACUGUUCUGAUGGGAGCGAUGAGAGGGACUGUUCUAUAUGUCAACCUGGGACCUUCCACUGCGACAGUGACAGGUGUGUGUUUGAGAGCUGGCGCUGUGACGGCCAGCUGGACUGUAAGGACGGGACAGACGAGCUGAACUGCACCGUGACCCUGCCUCCCAAGGUCAUCACCUGCGGGGGCCUCCUCCAGACCUUCUAUGGGACGUUCGCCCCUCCUUCCAUCAGGGGCCCCCCUCUGUUCUGUGUGUGGACCCUGGACCCCCAGGACUCUAGGCCUCUGAAGCUGGACCUGCGGCUGCUGGAGCUGGGGCCUGGAGACACGGUCACCAUCACUGACAGACAGCAGGGCACCGGGGAACUUAUCAAAACUAUCACUAAUGCGUCCAAUUACAAGGCCAUCCAGGUCGAGUCCCGCACCGGCCUCCUCUCCCUGACCUAUCGUACGCUCCCCGGCUCUGAGGGGCUGGGCUUCAACGCCACCUACCGUGUCGGGGGCUACUGCCCCCCCUGGGAAGGUAAAUGUGGGGGUGCCGCGGGAGGCUGCUACACCCAGGAACAGAAGUGUGACGGGCACUGGGACUGUCCCGAGACGGGACGUGACGAAGCAGGGUGCAGGGGAUGUCCCCGGGACCAGUUUGCCUGUGGAGUGGCUGGGCAGAGGGCGCUGCUGGCGGGGCAUAGCUUCCUAGGGCGUCCGGUGUGUUUCCCUGCCAAGGAGAGGUGUAAUUACCAGCUGUACUGUUCUGAUGGGAGCGAUGAGAGGGACUGUUCUAUAUGUCAACCUGGGACCUUCCACUGCGACAGUGACAGGUGUGUGUUUGAGAGCUGGCGCUGUGACGGCCAGGUGGACUGUAAGGACGGGACAGACGAGCUGAACUGCACCGUGACCCUGCCUCGGAAGGUCAUCACCGCGGCAACCGUUGGCAGCCUGGUCUGCGGGCUGUUGCUGGUCAUCGCUAUGGGUUGCACCUGCAAGCUCUACUCACUGCGCACUCGAGAAUACAGUAUGUUUGCUCCAAUCAGCCGCCAAGAGGCGGCGCUGAUCCAGCAGCAGGCUCCUCCCUCCUACGGUCAGCUGAUUGCCCAGGGCGUCAUCCCUCCAGUGGAGGACUUCCCCACAGAGAACCCCAACGAGUCUUCCUCUCUUACUCUGAGAGGUAUCCUCCAGCUCCUCAGACAGGACACCGCCAACACUCAACGUCGCCGUCGCCGGCCCCGAUUCGUCCGCCGGGCUGUCCGUCGCAUGCGGAGGUGGGGCUUAAUCCCUAGACCCGCCUCCAGGCCCUCCCAGCCUUCCAGUUCUGCCCCCCAGCAGACAGAUCCCACCUCUACUGGUGUAGAGCCCAGUCAAUCAACUCCCGCAACUUCCUCAUUGGCUGUGGAAGCCGUCAAUCUGCCAUUGCCACAGAAACUAGGCUUGCUCCCUCAGACGGUGCAGCACCCACCAAUACCGCCGCCUCCCGCCUCCCUCCCUCCACCCCUCGUCUCUAUCCCAGCCACCCCCCAGAGCUUCCCUGUGGCUGCCCCUCCCACCUCCAGUAGCCCCUCCCUAGCCUCGCUCUUCCACUCUCUGGGGCGCGGUAUCUCUCGCUUCCGCGCCUCCCCGUUCUCCUCCCCCCCCACCAACUCCCUGCCCCUCUCCACAUCCCCCUCUUUCUCCUCCUCUUCGGAGGAUGAGGUGCUGCUUAUCCCCCUCUCGGAGGACAUGACCUCGGAGGAUGACGUCCCCCUGCUAACCCUUGACCCCUGACCUUAUCCAAACCCCACUGCCACCCCCCCUCCCUAAAUUAUGUGCACAGUGCUCGCGCACAGGAGCACCUCAAGGCUCUCCCCCUCUCUGUGCUGAUGUAGUGCCUUUUGAAUUACAUUGGGUUGGUUUUGACUGACUGUAGAAAUCUAGUAUUCAAUGCUUUUAUGUUAUUGAGCGUGGGACCUCCUUGAGAAAGUGUGUACGUGUGCCUGCCUCCGCGUGCGUGUAGUCAUGAAUGUGUGUAGUCUGAAAGUGGUGAACUUUGCACAGAGAAUCUUCCUCCCGAAUCCUCAUGCUCUAAUAUAUCAGCUACUGUCAAAUGAGUGGUUUUGUUUUUAACACAUGAACGAGCUUGUCUUUGUGACUUGUGUGUGUGACUACGUCAUGUGUGUUUUAGUAUUUAUGAGGGUGAGUAUAGGGCGGCAGUGUAAGGCUAUGGAAGAUGUUCUAAUAUUAAGUGCCUUGUUUAGAAGCUUCUUGAAUAUGAUGAAUUUGAAUGAUUACACACACUUACUGCAUGCAUAUUGUCACAAAUAGGCUAUAUAUAUAUAUAUAUAUAUAUACACACAAAAGUAUGUGGACACCCCUUCAAAUUAGUGGACUCUGCUGUUUCAGCCACACCCAUUGCUUACCGGUGUAUAAAAUCGAGCACACAG